AUUACAAUUUUAGGGUAAAAAACUCAAAAUCUGAACAUAAAUUUGCUAAAAUUAGAAGCCCUAAGCUUCAUCUUCAUCCUAAUCGACUCUUUCUUCUUUCCUAACUCCAUUUCUCCAGCCUCCAUCACCUCUGGCUUCAGACUCUAGUCCUCCACUAUGCCUACUCUCAGAUUAGCUUCGUUUCCAAUCUCUAUCGCCCCCAGCAGCACUAGCACCCAGCAUUACCAGCAUCGUUUCUUCUUAUGGUUUUCUCUUCUCUUGUUGAAUCCUUCCAUUUCAAGAUCUAAAAGACUGAGAAUGGAAGCUUAUUGUAAUGCAAACGCCCGUAUGUUCCCAAUCUGUGACUUCGCCUCCUUGCUCAAUCUUCGGCUCUCCAAGAAUGUUUGUGACAACGUUCAUGGUGAAAUUGGAAGAUUUCGUCUGAUUUUGUGAUCUUGAUUUGUUCUGUUGUUGCUUUUUAGUAAUUCGAAUUUCUGAAAAGUUAGCAUUUCUUGAAUGUUUAGUGACAUUUCUUGAAAAAAAAAUUGGAAUCGAGACGAAGUUAUUAGUGAACUGAUUCAAUAAUUGCUGAGUUCUUUA